GCUGACUAUAUAACCCGGGAGCCUGUGCCCAAUGACACGGAUGUAAUUGUUGCUGCAGAGGAGAACGCCCGACUUCGCCUGUGCACUGGAGAAGACGGAGGAACCAUGAGGAGCUACAAGAGCCUUGUGGUUACCCUUUGCGUAUUACUGCAAGUUGCCCUGGUAGUCGGCAAAGCAAUUGGAAGCCAACAACCGCAGCCACAGAUUGCACAGCCGCGAGUUGGAGGAUGGGGGGAUUACCACCACUCUGGAGAGGAUUAUCAAAACUCCGGCGAAGAGCACCACCACUCCGGCGAAGAGCACCACCACUCCGGCGAAGAGCACCACCACUCAGGGGAAGAGCAUCAUCAUUCCGGAGAGAAGCACUCCUUUGAGGAUCAUCACCACUCCGGCGAGUUGCUCCAUCACUCCGGAGAAGAGCACCAUUACCAUCAAGUAGAUGAGCACCACCACCCAGAGGAGGAGCACCACCACCACCACGAACCUAAGGGAUACUGGAAGAAGAAACUUAUCUGGAAACCUGACUGGAAGAAAAUAUGGAAACCUGCAUCAAAACAGAUAUGGAAACCCGCAUGGAAAAAGAUAUACAAACCAGAAUGGCACCCCAUUCAAGUACCUGCGUGGAAAGAAAUAAAAGUUCCUGACUGGAAGAAAAUUUGGAAACCUGAAUGGAAACCGAUCCAGAUUCCUGCUUGGAAAGAAAUUCAAGUUCCUGACUGGAAAAAAAUUUGGAAGCCGGUGUGGGUCCCUAUCAAAAUCCCUGCAUGGAAAGAAAUUAAAGUGCCAGACUGGAAGAAAGUGUGGAAACCCGUGUGGAAACCGAUACAAAUCCCUGCUUGGAAGGAUAUUAAAGUUCCUGCAUGGAAGAAAAUUUGGGUGCCUGAGUUAGUCAAACAAUGGGUACCUGGCGAGAAACACCAUGGCAAAGAUCAUGACGGUUGGGAAUAUACGUCUCAUGGGCUCUGGAGGAAAAAAGUAGUAUGGAAACCAGUUUGGAAGAAGAUUUGGAAAAAUGCCAAGAAGAAAAUAUGGAUUCCAGACAAGAAACUGGUCUGGAAGGAAGAAUGGAAACAGAUCUGGAGAACUGAGAAAAAGCAAAUUUGGAUUCCGGACAAGAAGCUAAUUUGGAAAGAAGCAUGGAAACAGAUCUGGAGAACCGAAAAGAAGCAAAUCUGGAUACCAGAUAAAAAACUAGUCUGGAAAGAGGCUUGGAAACAAAUUUGGAGAACCGAGAAAAAGCAAAUCUGGGUUCCUGACAAGAAACUGGUAUGGAAAGAAGCUUGGAAGAAAAUCUGGGUGCCAGCAUGGAAGAAAAUUUGGGUUCCUGCCUGGAAGAAGAUCUGGAAACCAGUAUGGAUCCACGAGUGGGUUCUGAUUCAAGAGCACCAUCAUCCUCCAGAGCAUCACGGCUGGGAUCGCAAGGAUUUGCAGGUUCCUCAGGUACCAUCACCCCAGCAGCAGCAGCAGCAGCAGCUGCAAGUGGGUGCGGUAGUGAACCAACAGGAGCCCAACUGGGGUCGCAGAAUGGACACUGUAAGGCAGCGACAAGCCUGGCAGUUUCCUGCACAGUGACGUGCUCUCGGUUUGACUGUCAUUAGCUCACAUCUGCCAGAAGUCGAUGGGAUCGGCUUCCACAAAUCACUGGAACUGUGAGUUGGCAAUGCAUUGAAUAAUGAGAGUUAUUCAGUUUUUGCUAAGAUUACUUACAAGCUACAGGUUCGACCAGCUUUGUUGGAAAUCACACUGACUGACUGAAGUUUUAGUACAAUAUUGUUGUGAAAACGAGUUGUGUAUGUCGUACAGCAGUCAUCCAAGUCGGAUAGUACAAGAAGUACCUGGUAUGCGAGAUGUUCAGGAUCUUCAUCAGCACCUGCUAAACUUUCGACGUGAUACUUUUUCUUUACUUUUCCUGGAAAUAUUAUUUUGCGGAAAAUAUUUUGCUGUCUUUCUCCUGCAUUACCUGUGGAGAUUGAUCCUGUUGUUUAAGGUUCAACUUAACAACAGCCACUUCUCUUGCGUCGAGUACGCAAGACGUCUCUAUCUUAAAUUACCAUUUCCUUACACUUGACGACUGUAACAGGUAAAUGAGGUGGUAGGAUGCAGCAAUAGUGCCAACUGCCGGAGACGUUACGCAAAAUAUUUCUGAAUAGCUGAUUUUACUGCUAGUUGAGCCAAUUUAAAAUGCAGAUGCAUGUUAUUUAUACCAGUAUACAUUCCAGAACAUGUGGGCUGGUUGUAUUGUGCCGCUGUACCUCGGUGAGUGAAUGUGUUUGUUACAUUUUUGUUUAUCGUUGUUGAGUUUGAAACGUUAAUAACAUAUAUUAUAUUUAAUAGUUUUGUUUUUUAUUUUUGUAGCAGUGUACUGGUGUCGUGUAUCGACACGUUUUAAUCUGUUACAGACUUCUUCAUUAAAUAAACCAUAUAUAAGGUCAUAAAUAAAUUCAUAAAUAUUG